CUGCGUCGGAAAAUUAACUAAUUCUCAAUAGGAAAAUUGAGUCAGGGAAAAAUAGAAAUCUAAAGGAUAUCCUCGAAAAAAAUGCAGUUAAAAUAUCUGAGAACACUGUUGGAGGGCCAGGAGCAAAUCCAACGAAUAGCUGGAUUGGCCUGGUCCCCCAAUCAGCAAAAGUUGGCCAUAGCAACCGCGGAUCGCCACAUUCUUCUCUACGACGAUGCAGGAGAAAGACGCGAUAAGUUCAGCACCAAGCCAGCGAAUCCCUCGAAUGGAAAGAAUUCCUAUGUGAUCAGGGGACUGGCAUUCAGUCCAGAUUCCACCAAACUAGCUGUGGGCCAGAGCGAUAGCAUUGUCUACGUGUACAAACUCGGGGAAUCCUGGAACGACAAAAAAGUGAUUUGCAACAAGUUCCCACAGGCAAGUGCGGUGACUGCUCUGAUUUGGCUGACUUCGGGUUCCAUUAUUGCAGGCUUGGAGGACGGCAAAGUGCGCGCCCUUCACAGCAAGAGCAAUAAAUCCCAAAGCCUGUACGGAGGGGAUAGCAUAUGCAUUUCCCUGGCAGCCAACACCAAGGGAACCGGUUUCCUGAGUGGUCACAAUGAUGGCACCAUCAUACGCUAUUUCAUGACGGAUGAGGCUACAGAGCCACUUGGCAGAGUGGUGCAGCACCCGGUGCCUCCAUUCGCCUUGGCCUGGCCACAAGGAGGAUUCUGUGUUGGAGGCUGUGACCAGAGGAUCGUCUUCUACGAUAGCAUGGGUCGUCAGCUGCGCACCUUUGAUCAUUCCCGCACGGAGGGAGAACGAGAGUUCACUGUAGCCGCCUGUAGUCCGAAUGGCCAGGCGGUGGCCUUUGGCAGCUUCGACAGGAUUCGGAUCUUCGCGUGGAGUCCUCGGCAGGGAGCUUGGAGCGAGAGUGCCAGCAAGGAGGUGGCCUGUCUGUACACCCUGAGCAGCCUCCUGUGGCGCAGGGAUGGCGCCCGCCUUGCCUUGGGAUCCGUGAGUGGAGCAGUCCUGCUCUUCGAGUCCGUCCUCCGGCGAACCGUGUGGCAGGACAAGUUCGAGCUGAUCUUCGUGGCACCCAGUCAGCUUCUGGUUAGAUCCCUCACGGAACCCUCGCAGCAGCUCACAAUCGAAUCCCAGUUGGGGCUGGAGAUCGACGAUGUGCGGAUCAUGGGCAGGGAUAACUACCUGGUGGCCCGCACCGAGGAAUCCCUGAUCCUUUGUGACCUGACUCGGAAUUUAAGCAGCGAGGUUCCAUGGACUGCUUCUGGGCACCACGAGCGCUUUUACUUCGAGAACCCCACGGUUUGCCUGGUUUUCAAUGUGGGCGAACUGAGUUUGGUGGAAUACGGAGAGAACUCCAUUCUGGGAUCCGUUCGUACGGAAUUCGUAAAUCCCCACGUGAUCUCCGUGCGUCUAAAUGAGCGGGGAAAUGUCAGGGAAAACAAGAAACUGGCGUUUCUCCUGGAUGCGAAGACUAUAUGUGUGGUGGAUCUGGUCAGCAGGAUGACCAGUGGCCAGAUAAACCACGAGACCAAGAUCGAUUGGCUGGAGCUGAGUGAGACUGCUCACAAGCUGCUGUUCAGGGACAAGAAGUUGCGAUUGAUUCUCGUGGAUAAUUACACUGGCAAAAAGCAGACCCUGCUCAGCAACAUAUCGUUCGUCCAGUGGGUGCCCCAAAGCGAUGUGGUGGUGGCCCAAAGCAACUCCAAUCUGGCCAUUUGGUACAACAUCGAUUUGCCGGAACAUGUCACCAUGCAAAGUGUUCGUGGCGAGGCCAUCGAAGUGGUCAGGGAAAAUGGUCGCACAGUUGUUCGAUCGCAGGACGGCCCAAGUGAACACAACUAUCAAUUGGACGAGGGACUCGUGGAAUUCGGAACCGCAGUGAAUGACAGUGAUUUCGGCAGAGCCGUGCACUUUUUGGAGUCCCUGGGAGACAAGCCCGCUGCCAAGGCCAUGUGGCACAACCUGGCGCUGAUUUCUCUGGAGGAUGGAAAUCUUCGCGUGGCCCAGCGAUGCUAUGCUGCCUUGGGUAAUGUGUCCAAGGCCUACUAUCUGGCCGGGAUGAUCCGGCAGGCGGAUGAGUUCGAGGAGACCUCCGGCUCGCCGGGAAUCCUCUGUCCGGAGGUUCGGGCCAAGCUGGCCCUGCUGGGAUCGGAUCUACGAACCGCGGAGAGGAUUUAUCUGGAGCAGGGCGACAUCGAGGCAGCUCUGAAGAUGUACCAGCAGCUGGGCAUGUGGGAUGAGGCAGUGGCUCUGGCCGAGAGACGUGGCUACAACAAGAUCGCCGAGCUCAAGCAGCAGCACAUGGACUACCUGCUGAGCAGCGAGCAGCAGGAGAAGGCUGGUCAGGUUCUGGAGGAGCAGGGAGAUCUCCAGCAGGCCAUGUCCCUGUUCCUGAAGGCCAACAAGCCGGCGAGAGCUGCUCGACUGGCCCUGAAAACACCGCACAUCCUGCAGGACGAGCAGGUGAUGCUGCAGGUCACAGAGGGACUGGUUCGCUCGGAACUCUAUGAACUGGCAGGGGACAUUGCCCAUCGGUUAUCCCGACCAGAAGCCGCCUUGGCUCUCUACCGAAAGGGAGGAGCCUUCGCCAGAGCCCUGGAACUCGGACGCGUGGUGGCCCCGCAGGAGGUAACUGCUCUGGAGGAGGAGUGGGGCGACUGGUUGGUGAGCCGCAAGCAACUGGAUGCCUCCAUCAAUCACUACAUCGAGGCGGGAGCCACCCAAAAGGCUCUGGAGGCGGCAGUGGGCGCCAAGCAAUGGCGCAAGGCAGUCCAAAUAGCCAAGGUCCUAGACGAACCGGAGCUGAUCCAGCGCUAUGCUGUGGAUCUGGCCAAGCACUUGGCCUUUGCCGGCGAUCUUGACGGAGCCGAGGAUAUGCUGGUGAGAGCCAACCUGCACAAGGAUGCCAUAGAACUGCUGAACCGCCAUGGAAAGUGGGAGCGGGCCUAUGUGAUUGGCGAGAAGUAUCUGAAGCCCGAGCAACUGAGGGAGCUCUUUAUCCAGAUGGCCAGCACUCUGGAGGAGCAGGGCAAGUACAGGGAUGCGGAGAAGGUCCUGAUAGCGGUCAACGAACCCGACCUGGCCAUAGCCAUGUACAAGCGCAGGGAGCUGUACGACUCCAUGAUCCGCUUGGUGGAGCGCCACCACAAGGAUCUGCUGGACAGCACCCACCUACACUUGGCCCGCCAACUGGAGUCCCGGGGAAAGCUGAAGAACGCGGAGCUGCACUUCGUGGCCUCCGGCGACUGGAAGUCCGCCGUGCAUAUGUACUGCUCCUCGGGUCGCUGGGAGGACGGCUACAGGGUGGCCAAGCAGAAGGGCACCGAAGGAGCCAGCCAGCAGGUGGCCUACAUGUGGGCCAAGUCCAUGCCCACCGAGAGUGCGGUGCGAUUGCUGAGCAAGCUGGGACUGUUGGACACGGCGGUGGGAUUUGCCUGCGAUUCCGGCCAGUUCGAGUUCGCCAUGGAGCUGUGCAGGUUCGCAGGGAAGCCCACGGAUGAGGUCCACCUGAAGAUAGCCAUGUCCCUGGAGGACGAGGGGAAGUUCGAGGCGGCGGAGGCGGAGUUCCUGAAGGCCAACAAGCCCAAGGAGGCGAUACUGAUGUACCAGCACGCCGGAGACUGGCAGGCGGCCUUGAAUGUGGCCGAGCAGCAUCUGCCCGAUGCCGUGGGAGAAGUUCUCAUUGGACAAGCCUCGGCGGCCUUGGAAACCCGCAACUACAAGGACUACGAGGCUCUGCUGCUGAGGGCCCAUCGUCCGGACUUGAUUGUGGAGCACUAUAAGCAGGAGUCCCUCUACGAAGAUGCCCUGCGCAUCGCCGAGGAACACUAUCCGGCGGCCUUGAAUGACUUGAGGCGUCUACAGGCCCAGCUCCAAAGGGGGCAGGCUCAGGCGCAAGCUGGCGAGGAUGCGGCAUCCAUCUCACGAGCCUAUCUCCAGAGAGCAGCGGAGUUCGCCAAGAAGGAACAGUUCCGCAAGGCGGCCGAGUGCCUCAUGCAAAUAGAUUCCUCGAACGCCGAGGAUGCGGCCACCUUGGAGCGAGCUCUGCUGAGAGCCGCCGAGAUCUGCAACCAGUUUCUGGAGGGCCAGGAUGCCCAGGAGCUGGCUCAGUCGCUGGGACCUCGACUGCUGGCCAUCAAGCAGAUAGGACCUGCCGCCCAGCUCUACUUGGCCGCCGACUUGCCCAAGCAGGCGGUGGAUGUGUUCAUCAAGACGGAGCAGUGGAGCAAGGCGCGUCGGCUGGCCAAGGAGAUCGAUGCGGACCUCCAACUGCUGGCCUACGUGGAGCAGCAGCAGAAGGCCAGCCUGAAGCACGAGGGGAACAUCGAGCAGCUGGCGGACAUCGACGUGGUCUCUGCCCUGGAUCUGCUGGCGGAGCAGGGCCAGUGGCAGCGGUGCCUGGAGAAGGCCAAGCAGCUGAAUCCCUCCCUGCUGCAGAAGUACGUGGCCGUCUAUGCGGCGCAGCUCAUUCGGGAGGGCAACUGCACCACUGCCCUGGGACUCUACCUGAGCUACGGGGCUCCUCCGAUCGAGGCCCACUUCAAUAUCUACACCAGGAUUGCCCUGGAUUGCCUGGCCUUGAGGGAGGACCAAACGGAGGGCGGAACGCUGUGGCGCCAGUUGAGGGACUUCCUCUUCCGCCUGCUGCAGUCACUCAAAGCGAACCCGGAACAGGCGCAAUCCCAGUUUGCAGCCAGCAUGGAGCAGUUCCUGCUGAUAUCGCACUACUACACCACCAGGGCAGCUUGCAAGGAGGUGCAGGCACUGCAGCCAGUGGCUCUUCGCUUAUCCCUGGCUCUGCUGCGCCACACGGAUCUCCUGCCGGUGGACAAGGGUUUCUACGAAGCUGGGAUGGAUCUCCGCCAGGCAGGUCGCGAGUCCGAGGCCUUCGUGAUGCUCAACCACUACCUGGACGUGUGUGAGGCCAUUGAAGAGGGCUCCGGGCAGCUGGUGGACCAUUCCGAUCUGGCUAGCACCGACUUUCCCAGCUCCGUGCCCUUGCCGGAGGACAUCCACCUGAAGAACGACCCGGGCCUGCACGAAGAGGUGCGCGAGUGGGUGCUCGCCGUGAGCAUGGACCAGCAGGUGGACCAGCAGCUGCCCACCGACGACCGUGGUCUGUACGAGUCCAGCCUGGGACCCAGCGACUUGCCCUGCAUGCUGAGCGGGUUUCCAGUGCGGGGUCGCCAGCCCGUGACCUUCCAGGGAUCGAGCAACCAGGUGAACCGCGAUGUCUGGAGCAAGUUCUCGGUGGCCGUGAAAAUGACCCCUGGCAGUGGCAUCUCUGACAUUAUCUCCUUCACUGAGAAGUGGCAGGGAGCAGCCAACUACGUUAUGCACUAGAAUACCCACAAGCAG